UGCCGCGCCACAGGCCUAAACUAUUUGCGCAACGUUGGUUGUCUUGAGACUUUCGUUUCUGUUGGAGUUGAAGUGAUGGGAACGGUACUUGACGACUUCAGACAACUAUUAAAAGACUGUGAACUGUUUGUCUUUGACAUACUUCAGGACGAGGAACUCAGUGAUGAUGCUCGUUCAGCCAGGGAUAUUCUCCUACGAAAUUUUUUUGUCAUCCAGAAAAGACAUCCACAAGAAUUUCCCCACAUUGAAGCCAGUCAUGAGGAUAGUUCGGAUGACAACCGGAGCUCCAGUCUGGGACGUUCUGCUCCCUCGGAUGAUAUGUCUGUGGCCUCCGACUACCAGGAUGAAGGCGCCUCAGAGCUUUUCGAGGACAUCCCUUUGGUGGCUGCACAGGACUUAAGCAACAUCCUAAAGCAAGGUUACCUGGAGAAGAAACGGCGUGAUCAUAGUUUCUUCGGCAUGGAAUGGCAGAAGCGCUGGUGUGUACUGAACAACACCAUAUUUUAUUACUUUGGGAGUGAGAAAGAUAAGCAGCAGAAGGGUUCGUUUAAUAUCAAUGGCUACAGUGUAGAUCUUGUACCCGGAAUACGCAAGGACUCCAGGAAGAAUUCGUGCUUUGAGCUGAGUUCUCCCGGAAGACGUUCAUACCAGUUCACUGCCAGCAGUCCCCGUGAAGCCCGGGAAUGGGUGGACCAGAUCAAUUUUGUUCUGAAAGAUCUGAGCUCUAAUUUCAUCCCCUUUGACGAAGAAGAAGUGGAAGAAGAGGAAGAAACAUAUGAUGAUAUUGAACGAGCCACGACACCACCACCAGCACCUGCAUCAGUUCCAACACCAAGUCGGAGACAACCGCUCCAAGACAAAAACUCCCAUGAGGAAUGGGAGGACCAAGGAGUAGGCCAGGAGGAUGAGGAAGAAGAGGAAGAUGAUAUUUAUGAGGUUCUUCCAGAAGAUGAAAUUGCUGACAUCAUUGAGGAGAGCAGUGCCAAAGAUGCAGUCCCAGAUUACGCAAAUUAUUACCAAGGUCUGUGGGAUUGUGAAGCAGAGGGACCAGAUGAGUUGGCCUUUCAAAGAGGAGACCUCAUCUACAUCCUCAGCAAGGAAUAUAACAUUCAUGGAUGGUGGGUCGGGGAGCUGGAUGGUGAUAUUGGCAUUGUCCCAAAAGAAUUUUUACAUCCUGCUUAUAUCCUGUGAGGUCCAUAGGAUAAUUGUGUAAUAUAUGGAAUUUCGACUUGUGCAACAUUUAUGCUUUGGAAUAAGUUCUGUGUAUUUUUCUAAAGUCUUUGAGUAGAUAUGAAUUGUAAAUUUAGUUUUAUUUCCUAGAAGCAUACAUAAAACAGUAAUACCUGAGAUUAUUUCUUAGAAAAUGUGCUUAUUGAGAAAAACUUAAAUGGUUAAUGUACACUAAGGGGCUUAACAAAAGCCUUCUGUUUUAUAUUAAUAUCAGUUUUAUGAUCUGCUUAAAUAUAAUUCACCUUUAUUCAAUUAAAGCAUGUGUAAGAUACAAUCCAAACAACCACUUUAAUUCAUUUAGCGGUAGUUUGCUCCCAGAUCAUAUUUCAGCAGCUCAAAAUAUUAUCAUUUCAUGCAAUUUAAAGGGCAUGAAACUGUCUUAAGAGCCCUCUACUGGUUGUUUUGAGUUAUUUUUAAGUAUUCAUACCAACAUUCAUGUUUUUACAAUAAUUGUGUAUUUCUACACCAAUUUUCCCAUAUGUUAAAUGAACACUGAUUAUGUGUCAUGAUAGUUUCUAUGAAGUAGCUAUGCAAAAAAUGAACUGAUUCUGUGUUUUUUUUUAACACUGUGUGUGGAUUAUAUAUAGGCUAUACACCAAGCAGUGUUAAUUUAACACUGGACAUUUUGCUCUGAAUGAAUGCUGAGGACAUCACAGUAAAUAUGAAAUCUGUCAAACAAAUUAAAAAGGUUAAUCAAGGCUGCAUGAUGAGUGUAUUAUGUCCUGUGUUAAGUUUAACAUGCAUGUAUUCAUUCCUAGACUGCAUUGCUACAAAUUGUGGAAAAUUCUUAUUACAUAAAUGUGAACCUGGAACACAAAACAAUUUUUGAAAUUAAGAUUUACACAUGAUCUGCUAGCUGAAUAAAUAAGCUUUCCAUUGA